AUGCCUGCCUACGAACUCCGCUCGGGCGGCGACGUCAAGAAUAAAAAACAGAGCAUGGCAGAUCUUAAAUAUCGCCGGUUGACGGAAUUGAAUAGUCGCUUGAAGGAAGACUUGGACCGUCCUCGCGUCAAGGUGUCCGAAGCUGCUCUCUCUCUCAUUAAUUACUGCAACAACACCCGUGACUUCAUGGUACCUUCCGUCUGGGGUCAGGUUGAUAAGAGAGAAGACCCCUACGCACCUCAACAAUCCGGUGGCUGCUGUACCGUGAUGUAA